GCAGUAUGUCAAAUCAUAGCCCGAUUUUUUUUAUACCAGUGCUAUACCAUUCAAUUGUGUGAACAAUCCCAUAUUUCCUCUUAUGAUUAAAAGGAUUGGAGAGUAUGGGAGGGGGCUCAAUCCUCCUUCUUAUCAUGAAAUUAGAGAGACAUUCUUGGAGAAGGAAGUGAGUGAAGCAUUGAAUAUACUCGAGAAUUUUAGAGGAGAAUGGGUGAAGACUGGAUAUACUAUUAUGUCAGAUGGGUGGUCUGACAGGAGGAGACGUUCAAUAUGUAAUUUUCUUGUCAAUAGCCCAUCGGGAACUAUCUUUUUGUCAUCCCGAGAUACUUCUGAUAUUUCAAAAACUGGCCAAAUGGUUUUUGAAAUGUUAGAUGAGAUUAUGGAAAAAGUUGGAGAAGAAAAUGUUGUACAAGUUGUGACUGAUAAUGCUUCUAACUACAAAUUGGCUGGAGAGAUAUUGAUGGAAAAGAGGAAAAAAUUAUUUUGGACACCUUAUGCCGCUCAUUGCAUUGAUUUGAUGUUGGAGGAUUUUGAGAAAAAAAUUGAGAUGCAUAGUGAGACAAUUGAAGAUGGAAGGAUGAUUGUUUCAUACAUUUAUUCAAGGUGUAUGCUUAACCAUUGGAUGAAGGAAUUCACAAAUGGCAAGGAGCUUAUUAGACCUGCAGUGACGCGAUUUGCCACUUUUUACUUAACUUUACAGCGUCUUAAUGAACUAAAAGGAGAAUUGAUGAAUCUUUUUACAUCCUCUAAGUGGAAGUCUAGUAAGUUUGCAAGGACACGUAAAGGGAAAAGAGUUGAAGGCGUGGCUUUAGACAAUCGUAACUUCUGGACAAAUGUUGCCAAUUGUCUAAGAGCUGCAAUACCUCUUGUUAAAGUACUCCGAUUGGUGGAUUCUGAUGAGAGACCGGCUAUGGGAUUCAUUUAUGGAGCAAUGGAUCGUGCCAAGGAGGAAAUUAAGAAAAACUUCAAUGGCAUCAAAAAGUGGUAUGAACCUAUUUGUACGAUCAUUGAUGCAAGAUGGGCAUCUCAACUUCAUCAACCCUUGCAUGCGGCAGCAUAUUUUCUGAAUCCCCAAUUCCAAUAUAGUCCAAGUUUCCAUUUAGAUGCAGAUGUGAAAAUAGGAGUUUAUAAAUGUCUCCAAAGAAUGGUUCCUGAUUCUAAUGAGAGAGUAAAAAUUGAUUGCCAAAUGGACACAUUCAAAGCUGCAAGAGGGCUCUUUGGCCUAGAUAAUGCAAUAUUGACAAGGAACAAGAAGUCUCCAGGUUAG